AUGUCAAUACCCUUAUAUUCACUGCGAUUCAGCAAUGUGCUGACGGAGGAAAGUGUCGACCCCCAAAACAGGGAGACGACCUGCUCUGGACCAAUGGUAGAGAACAGAGCAGAGGUCCAAAUUCUGCAUUCUAGUGUCCAGCCUAUGGUCUCAAGUUCAGCGUCAGACCCUGGAGGGAUGUCCACACAGCUGAUGACAUCCCCAGCCUUUGACACCAUGGCCGUACCUCUAAUGGGAGCAGCAAACUCGGGAGCACUGUCCCCACCGCUAAUGCCAGCCUCAGACUCUGGGACACUGUCCCCAUUGUUAAUGCCAGCUUCAGAUUCAGAGGCAUUGUCCCCAUUGUUGAUACCAACCUCAGACUCUGGGGUGCUGUCCCCAUUGCUAAUGCCAGCCUCAGAUUCUGGGACACUGUCCCCAUUGCUGUCCACUUCAGAGUAUGGAUUAAUGUCCCCAGGGCUGAUGACAAUUCCUGACUUUGGAACAAUGUCCACAGCACUAAUGGCAACACCAGAUUCUGCAGAGAUAUCACCACUGGCAAUGCCAGCUCCAUCCUCUGAAGCGAUGUCCACACCAUUGAUGCUAGCCCCAGAUCCUGGAGAGAUCUCCCCACUCCUAAUGCCAGAUGUGAACCCCGGAGUGGUGUCCCCACAGCCAAUGCCAGCUCCAGGCUCUGAAGGAAUGUCACCAUUGCAAAUUACAGACGAAGACACUGAAGCCAUGUCUAAAGUGCUAAUGACUGCCCUGGCCUCUGGAGAGAUCUCUUCACUGCUCAUGUCAGGCACAGACUCUGAAGCGAUCUCCUCACUGAUAAUGUCAGCCCUAACUUCUGGAGCAACGUCCACCCAGCCAACAAGCACCCAAGACUCUGGGGAAAUGUCCACCCAGCUAAUGUCAGGCCCAGACUCUGGAGUAGUGUCUUCACCACUUAUGAGAGCUCCAGGCUCCGGAGCAAUGUCCUCACUGUUCCUGUCAGUCCCUGAUGCUGGAGAAAUGCCCACAUUGCCAAAGCCAGCCCCAGACGCUGAAGCGAUGUCCCCACUGGUAAUGAUGGCCCUAACCUCUGGAGGGAUGCCCACCCAGCUGAUGCCAGCCCAAGGCUCUGGAGUGAUGUCCUCACAGUUAACACAAAAUCUAGACUCUCAAAUUGUGUCUAGUCCACCAAUGAGAGCAACAGCCUCCGGGGGGAUGUCCACAUCGCCAGUGAGAGCCUCAGACCCUGGAGCAAGGUCAACACCGAGAAUGAGAGCCCCAGCCUCUGGAAAUGUGUCCACUUUGCUAAAGACAGUCCCAGACUCUGCAGCACUGUCCACCCCACUGAUGACGGUUGCAACCUCCGGAGCAAAGUGCACAGAGCAAAUGUCAACCACAGCCUCUAGAGCGAUGUCCACACAGUUAGCAAUGGCUAGAACUUCUGGAGCCACAUCCAGGGGCUUUAUGAAAGUCCCAGCCAAUGGGACGAUGUCCACACUGCGAAUGAGAGCCCCAGCCUCUGGAACAAUGUCCACACUGCCAAGUACAGCCCCAGUCUCUGAAACAAUGUCUACGCUACAGAUGACAGCCUCAGCCUCUGGGUCAGUGUCCACACCGCAAAUAAGGGCUCCUGUCUCUGGAGCAAUGUCUGUGUCACAGAGGAGAGCCACAGCCUCGGGAGUGACAACUGUACCACAAAUGAGAGCCUCUGGAGCCCUGUCCACCCCACGGAUGACAGCCAAAGCCUCUGGAUCCAUGUCCACACUGUUAAUGAGAGACACAGCCUCGGCAGUGAUGUCCGUGCCGCAGAUGAGAGCUAUGGCCUCGGGAGCAUUGUCCAAGCCACUAACAACAUCCAAAGCCGCAGAAGCAAUGCUCACGCAGCAAAUGACAACUGCAGCUUCUGGAGAGAUCUCCACAAUGCUAAUGAGAGACACCGCUCCUGGAGCCGUGUCUAUGCCACAGAUGGCAGACACUGCCUCUGCAGCGAUGUCCACACCGCUAAUGAGAGCCCCAGCCUCUGGCGACAUGUCCACACCACAAAUGACAGCCGCAGCCUCUGGAAAUAUGUCCAUGCCUCUAAUGAGAGCCCCAGGCCCUGGAGCCAUGCCCAUGGCGCUAAUGAGAUCCACAGCCUCUGGAAAGAUGCCCAGUCAGCCAAUGAGCGCCCAAGACUUUGGGGGGAUGUCCAUGUCGCUCAGGAGAUCCAUGACCUCUGGAGGGAUGUCCCUACUGCAGACGCAAGCCCCAGCCUCUGAACUGAUGUCCACACCAAAAAUGAGAGCCCCGGCCUUUGGGGCGGUGUCCACACCACUGAUGAGAGCCUCAGACCCUGGAGAGAUGUCCACACUGCUCACAAGAGCUUCAUCCUCUGGAGAGAUGUCCCCAGCACUAACGAGACCCCCAGCUUCUGGAGAGAUAGCCACGCCUCUGAGAGCCCCAGCUUAUGGAGCAAUGUCUACUCCGCAAAAGACAGCCACAGCCUCUGGAAUGAUGUCCAAGCCACAGAUGAGGGCUCCAGUCUCUGGAGAGAUAUCUACAUCGCUAAUGAGAUCCACAGCCUCUGGAGUGAUGUCCGUGCCUCAAAUGACAGCCGCGGCCUCUGGAGGGGUGUCCAUGCCACUGAUGAGAGCCCCAGCCUCCAGGGCAACAUCCACAACGCAAAUGAUGCCCACAGCUUCUGGAGAGAUGUGCAUGCUAUCAAUGCGAGCCCCUGCCUCGGGAGUGAUGUCCCCGCCAUUAUUAAGGGCUCCAGUGUCUGGAAUUAUAUCCACACCACUAAGGAGAUCCUCAGCCUCUGAAGCUGUGUCCACAGAGUUAAUGAGAGCUCCGGCCUCUGGAAAGAUGUCCACCACACAAACAACAGCUGUGGCCUCUGGAGGGAUGUCCAAGCCAUUCAUUAGAGCCACGGCCUCUGGAACAAUGCCCAUGCCAUUGAUGUCAGCCAUGGCUUCUGGAGAGAUGUCUAUGCCGCUGAUGAAAAACAUGGCCUCUGGGGCAACGUCCACACUGCAAAAAAGAGUUGUGGGUUCUGGAUCUACUUCCUUGCCACAGAUGACAUACGCAACCUCCGGAGGGAUGCCUGCAUCACCGAUGAGAGCCUCAGCUUCUGGAGCAACGUCCGCAUCGCUUAUGAGAGCCUCGGCUUCUGGAAUGAUGUCCAUACCACUUCUGAGAGCCACAGCCUCUGGGGGUAUGUCCAUGCCACAAAUGGCGGCCACAGCCUCUAGAGGGGUAUCCAUGCCACUAAUGAGAGCUCCAGUCCCGGGAGCCAUGUCCACACCACAAAUGGCAACCACAGCCUCUGGAAUGAUGUCCACUCUGGAAAUCAAAGCCAAAGACUCUGGGGAAACAUCUGCCUCUCACGUCAACAUCACAGCCUCUGGAUCAAAGUUCACACCACACGUGACUGCCACGACCCCUGAAACAAUGAACCAACCACCAGAGGAAGUCCCAUCUUUUGGCAUGCUGACCCCAGCACUCUGUUACCUCUUAGAAGAACAGGAAGCAGCCCGGGGUUCAUGCUCUGUGGAGGAGGAGAUGGAGAUUGAUGAGGAGAAGCAAAUGAAGGGAUUUUUGAACGAUUCAGAGAAAAUGGCCUUUCUGGUGUCUCUUCAUCUGGGGGCAGCAGAGAGGUGGUCCAUCUUGCAGAUGGAGGUAGGAAACCCCCUCUCCAAUGAAGAUAAAUCUUUCCUGAGCAGAUCCCAGGGCUUAUAUGACUCCCUAUCUGAAAUAGACAUCCUCAGUGCCGUCCUUUGCCAUCCCAAGCAGGGCCAGAGGUCAGUCAGGCAGUAUGCCACUGAUUUCCUCCUGCUGGCCCGACACUUGUCUUGGUCUGAUGCCAUUCUGCGGACCAGGUUUCUGGAAGGACUCUCGGAAGCUGUUGCCACUAAAAUGGGCCGGAUCUUCCUGAAGGUGGCCGGCAGCCUAAAGGAGCUAAUAGACAGGUCUCUCUAUACCGAGUGCCAGCUGGCUGGAGAGAAGGAUUCCCCGGGCUGCUCAAGCCAGGUUCUGCCGUCAGCCUGUAAGCGGAAUAACGAGGACGCAAUGGAGAAUGAACUGAACUCUCAAAAGGAGACCGAGGAGCAUCAGCAUGUUCCCAAACGCUGUUACUACCUGAAAGAGCAUGGAGACCCUCAAGAGGGUCUGCACGACCACCUUCGACAGAGCACAGGCCAUCAGAAGGCCCCCACUAACAAGUAA